ACAAGCACAAGCCACAAACGUUUAUGAUUUUUUUCUGUAGUAGUAAACAUUUGGGCGUGACAAGUAGUUAAAAGUGCAGAUUUUAAGAGCCAGUAUUGUUAUUUUAAGUUAAAUGAAGCAGAUUUAGUACUUGUAUUGUUGAUAGAACAAGCCGUAAAUUCGUUUAGUUGAAAAAUGACGGAAUACAAACUUGUUGUUGUUGGUGCUGGAGGUGUUGGUAAGAGUGCCUUGACGAUCCAGCUUAUCCAAAAUCACUUCGUGGAUGAAUAUGAUCCCACAAUUGAGGACUCGUAUCGUAAGCAGGUUGUAAUAGACGGAGAAACUUGCCUGUUGGACAUUCUGGACACAGCAGGACAAGAAGAAUAUAGUGCAAUGAGGGACCAGUACAUGAGAACAGGAGAAGGCUUUCUAUUGGUGUUUGCAAUAAAUAACGCCAAAUCAUUCGAAGACAUCAGCAAUUAUAGGGAACAGAUUAAAAGAGUAAAGGACGCGGAAGAGGUGCCUAUGGUUUUAGUGGGCAACAAAUGUGAUCUGCCGACCCGGGCGGUGGAGAUCUCGACAGCGCAGGACGUCGCACGAAGCUACGGUAUCCCGUUUGUAGAGACAUCGGCCAAAACACGACAAGGCGUUGAUGAUGCUUUCUACACACUAGUACGGGAAAUUAGGAAAGAUAAGGAGCACAGAGGCAAGACAAAGGGAAAGAGAGGCGGAAAAGGGAAAAGAAAAUACUGUCAGUUGUUCUAAAAGUGCACAUUCCGCGUAAUGUAGAGACUCAACGCAAGGCGCUCCAGCCUGGACAUGUUACACCUCGAUCGUGCGUUACCGUGUAGGAACCUUGUGGGCGAUUUUCAGAUCACUUUUACACUGGGUGGGGACGAGAGUGCUUGCUAAUGUGCUUUGAGGCCACAUCAGUUGCGGUGUCGUAUGACUCGUAUCACUUGGUAUUUACACACAUUUUACUGUUUGACUCAUGGUUUUUCAAGAGAUUACUUUCUCUAUGCAAGAAUGCUUGGGCGAGAUAAAGGAUCUUAGAGAUGCUUGCAGGAUACAGAAAGAGCUUGGGUUUAACUGGUAUUUCAACCACCAAUAUCACGUGGAUGAGCAAUAUCGGUUGUAUUAUGUCGCUAGUAGCUUUUGUUUUGUAUCCCAGCCUCAAAGAGCUAACUAUUGUCGCACAUGGAGUUUCUUAUCCAAUAAGAUUACUAUUGAUAAUAGUGCAGAACAGAUUUUAUUCGUUCUAAAGCCAAAAAGGUGUAAAAAGUCUUAAAAUCGCCCAAUUACGAAGUGAGAAAAGGUUCACGUUUUUCAAUAUCAAGUCUUGAACCAUUGUAUAUAUCCGUCUAAACUGUUUAUUGUUAAAUCCUUACAGCCUUUAUAGUAUGUAAUUGGUUUUUGUGACAAGGUUAGCGCAGACUAUGUUGAAUGAACGAUCUAGGUGAGCAUUCGUUGAAUCAACGCCUCAGUCUCAGUGGUUUGUUCUCACUGCGCACAGUUUGUUUUGGGACAGGUGUUUGACUGUUAACCCCCUACCUAGAGAUCAUACUCAUUGAGGUGCUAAAUUAAUUCAAGGAGUAUAACAUAUUCGUGUACAUUUUAACUGAUAGAAUAUACUCACCCUUGUAAGAAACACAGUUUUCUUUGAAUAAAUCAGGAAAAUGUUUUGUUUUUACUACUAACGAUUCUCAACCUAAUUGUAAAUACAUGUGCCAACCUGCACUUUCGCCUUCUGAGAUAAACCUUUUUAAAUAUCACUAGUUGUGUAAAUUCAACAUUUAAAAUCAGUGUCGUGUUUUAUCCACGGAUACUUUGUUGUACCUCUAUACUUAUUUUAUGCUGUUGAAAAGAGUUCUGGUUUAAUCUUUAAUGAACUCAAAUAUUUUAUUUUGGACGGUAGGAAUAAGUGUUUUUUUUUAGUUUAACAUAGAUAGCUAGGAAGUUUUAGCACUUAUUUUUAAGGUCUCUCUAUGAAAUGAUUUCUACCCGUUAUAUUGUCUCGGUUUCAUAAUAAUCGGAAAGAAUGAUUUUAAGAAGUAGAAACGAUGCAGAACAAAAAUAGCAUGGAUGGAUAAAUAUGUAUUUUUUUCAAUACACUGCAAACAAUAAUUGAGUGGUAAAGUGUAUUUAAUUUCUGCAAACAACAUGAAAAACCUUGAGAUGUAUUUUAUUAUUAGUAUUUAUGAAAUAUUGAAAAAUUCAUCAAAAGUUACCUUAUGAUACUUCCGUACUAUUUUACAACUGAGAUAUUUUUUAGACCUUUUUAUCAUUAUGCACAUUAUUACUAUUUAUUUGAAGUAGAAGCACAAGAACAACCUUUGCACAAAUUGUAUAAAAUAAUUUCAUUUAUUGCUGCAAUUUGUCUUACAUAUUUGCUUAGGUUAGGCUUUAGAUAUCUAAGCAUUCUUUGUACACUUCUGUAAAAUAUUAUUGAUAAACUAAAAAUUCUUUAAGAUAUGCUACAUUAUAGAUAUUGUUUUAGGUGUUAAAAUAGUUUCAGUAUCAAUGUUGCAUAAUUAAUUGAAAAAGUCUUGCACAAGUUUUCCCAGUCAAAGAUUGUUUAAAAUGCUGAUUUGACUGCUGAUGUUAAGGGUUUCACCUAAAUCCUUGAACUAAUAAUAAUUGGCUCGAUUUCUAAAAAUUUUUUAAAUUUGAAUAACCGAUCAACAAUUAUUCUCUAUGAGGAAUCUGACUGAAAACUAUGCAAUAUUAUAUUUUUGCAAAAAAUAAGUAUUUAUAAACCCAAGAUUAUGUUUGAAAAGUUAGAACAUUCAUACCGGUACUUGAGAUUUGUGACUUUGUAUCAUAUUUUUUACUUGUAAGUGCAUACAUUAUUAUUCCACCACACUAAAAUAAACACCCAAGUCAUCAAAUUUACAGGGAAAUUAUUUGAAACUAUAAAUACAUCAGUUGCACUUAUUAAACGCACAUUGUCUUUUGCAUGUAAUUCAUAAGAUGUAAAUUUAGAUUAAAAAUUCCUUAAUACAGUUCUAAAUGGAGUUGAAGAUUUUAAUACGUUCAGUUUGCCUAGUUACUUUUGAUUAUAGUGUAUGUUGAAUGUAUAAAUCUGGGAAUCACAGUUUUCACAAGUUUUUAUCGCUAAGAACCCCUCCAAAAGUCUGGUCAAACCUCAUUUGAUUUUGUAGGGUGUCUUGGUCAACUGUUUCAAGUCUUUCAUAUUGUGAGAUCUCAGAAAUGUCAGUAAUUUUAUAUUUUCUUACUGUGAAUAAGAAAUUGUGUAUAUAAAACUCGAUAGUUAAGAGUGAAGCAUGAGCUUCACUUUACGUAGGUCUAGUUAAUGUUAGUUACGUUCUGUUCUAACCUGACGGAAAGUGAAAAUAUGUAAAUAAAUUUACCACCCAGGAAAUAGAGUGUAAGUUUCUCGAACGUGGGCACCUUUGAAUGGAUUGUCAGUUGAACAAAAAAUUCAUUUUGAGUGUGUUGAUGGUAUUGCUAGCAUUUACAUUACUAUGGUUGAUUAAUGAUUAGUAAAUUGUUAUUGUUAGCGCAAUCAGCGAUGAAUCAAUCUUGUAAACUCAUUCCCAGCUAUAAUUUGGUGUCCUAUGUGUAUUGGAGUGAUUUUUAACUUUUAAGUGAUUGGGGCUGGUUUUGAAUACAAUAAAUAUCACCUAAAUUUAUAUUCAAGUUGAUUACUUAAGAAAUGCUACAUCAAUACUUGGUAACUCUUCUUGAUUGAUUUGUGCCUGUUAGAGUGUUAGUUGUAAGUCGACUUAAAUAUGUGUGUUGGAUUUUAAAUCACCAUUAAAUAGUUUUAUUUUUAUAGUUGAUUACAAGUGAAAUUUUACAUAAAUUGUAUAAGGGUAUAGAAAUUUGUUGAACUUUUAAGUUCACUUGUCUAAAGUGUGUGAAUUUUGUAAAAUUAACUUGGACCGGUUUGACACAGCUAUGAUACGUUUCUGUUUUCAAUCUUUGCCAUGAUUCACGAGUCCUUUACGAAACACCUGUCCCAAGCAUAUGUGGGAAAGACUCAGUAAAAACUGUUCAAAUGUCCUCAUAGAUUUCCCAUCUUGAUUCUAUUUUCUGUUGUAUUAUUAUAUAGAUUUUGAUUUAUUACUGAUAUUUUAUUUGUAAUAUUAUAUACAGUUUAGCUUCUAUAUAAAUACUCUCUUAUUUUA